ACGUUGUCACCGCCCCUCGUCAACGGAGUAGCUAGUAAAGUCAGGUGUCUUCAUCUCACAGCUGAAUUUUGGUAGAAAAAGGCUCCGGGAAGUCACCAGGCGCCUCGUAUGACUACAUAGGGAGAGCGGGACACAGCCUGGAAUUGACCCAGUAAGAAUUAUGGAAAACGGUGUGACCGGUGACGCUAAGCUGGACCAGGCAGUCCGGCAGUGGCUGCAGUAUGACAAGAACCCCAAAACAGCUUCAAUGGUGCAGGAUCUCCUCAAGGAGGGAGCAGUGGAGGCUCUUAGGAAGUGCUUCUCUUCCAGGAUGGAGUUUGGUACAGCAGGACUAAGAGCUGCUAUGGGCCCCGGCACAUCCUGCAUGAAUGACCUCACUAUCAUCCAGACCACACAGGGUUUCUGUCGCUACCUGGAGCAGAGCUUUGAGAAUCUCAAAGAGCGAGGCGUUGUGAUCGGGUACGACGCCCGCUCCCACCCUCCCAGCGGCGGCAGCAGCAAGCGGUUUGCCCGCCUGGCUGCAGCAGUUUUCAGCAGCCGGGGCGUGCCAGUCCACCUCUUUUCUGACAUAACCCCAACACCUUUUGUGCCUUUCACAGUUUCCCACUUAGGCUUGUGCGCUGGAAUAAUGGUGACCGCCUCGCACAACCCAAAACAGGACAAUGGCUACAAGGUGUACUGGGAAAACGGAGCCCAGAUUGUAUCUCCUCAUGACAAGGGGAUCUCCAAAGCCAUCGAGGAGAACCUGGAGCCUUGGCCAGAGUCCUGGAACACCGAGGAGGCCCUGAAGAGCCCUUUGCUUAAAGACCCCUACCAGGAUAUCCACACACAAUACUUCAAAGCCAUCCAGAAACACUGCCAUCACAGGGAGAUCAACAAGAGCUCAGAGGUGAAAAUAGUGCACACAUCCGUGCACGGCGUCGGCCACUCUUUUGUGCAGUCGGCGUUUAAGGCCUUCGAUCUCCCCCCGCCGUACGCCGUGGAGGAACAGAAAGAUCCAGACCCCGAGUUUCCCACCGUCAAGUACCCCAAUCCCGAGGAGGGGGAGGGCGUGCUGGUGAGUGCUGGCCAUGCGGGGACGUGCGGGAGACACUCUGCCUCGGUGCUCCGUGACACGCCUACGCUGUCAUUUGCUCUCGCAGACAGGGAGGAGGCCUCGGUGGUGCUGGCCAACGACCCCGACGCCGACCGCCUGGCUGUGGCUGAGAGGCAGGAGAGAGGACAGUGGCGGGUGUUCAGCGGUAAUGAGUUGGGCGCGCUGCUGGGCUGGUGGAUUUUCCACUGCUGGAAAGAGCGGAACCCCGACGCAGCCGCCGUGAAGAACCUCUACAUGCUGUCGAGCACCGUCUCUUCCAAAAUCCUGCGAGCCAUCGCUCUGAAGGAAGGUUUCCACUUUGAGGAGACGCUGACAGGGUUUAAGUGGAUGGGGAACAGAGCCAAAGACCUGUUGGACCAGGGCAAGACUGUUCUGUUUGCCUUUGAGGAGGCCAUAGGAUACAUGUGUUGUAACUCGGUUUUGGACAAGGAUGGAGUGAGUGCUGCGGCCAUAGCAGGGGAGAUGGCCUCCUAUCUGGCCACCAAAAACCAAAGCUUCUCCCAACAGCUCACUCACAUUUACGAAGAGUAUGGGUACCACAUCAGCAAGAACUCCUACUUCAUUUGCCACGACCAGGCGGUCAUCCGCAGUCUGUUUGAGCGCCUACGCAACUUCAGUGGCAAAGAGGACUCAUAUCCGACCGAAUGCGGACGAUUCUCCAUCAACGCAGUGCGAGACCUGACUACCGGCUACGACAGCAACCAACCUGACAACAAAGCUGUUCUUCCCACCUCCAGCUCCAGUCAGAUGAUCACUUUUACCUUCUCCAACGGGGGCGUAGCCACCAUGAGAACGAGCGGCACUGAGCCGAAGAUCAAAUACUACACAGAGCUCUGUGCGGCUCCUGGGAACAGUGACGUGGCGCUCCUGAAGAAGGAGCUGGACGACUUGGUCGAAGCCAUUGUGGAAAACUUCUUCGAGCCGGCAAAGAAUAGGCUGCAGCCCAAGCCCGAGUAGCGAUAUCAGACGGAAUGACCACACAAGUGGUUUCGUCUAUCUCUGACCAGCAUUUUCCAUCAUGUCUUAAUUAUUCCGGGAGAGAUCCUCUGUUGAGUUUGAACCAGAAAAAAAUUCCAUUCUGUAUUGUAAUUUAAUUGUCACUUUAGAUUAUUUUUAAUGAUCUGCAUAUAACCUCUACUAUAAAGUUGAGUUUUAACCAUGGAUGCUUUGGUUUUAUAUUCCCUUUUUUUGUUUUUUCCACAUGGCGGUGGAUAAGAUCCAGUCUCCUGCUGGCUUGUGUAUAACAAUAAGCAUUCCUAAACACACAGAGCUUAAUGUCACCUGCACUGCUGCUAAUAUAAACAAAUACCUUAGAAUAUGAAUGCUGAAAAACUAUUUGAAGGUGUACACUGCCUUUGAAAUUUGAACGUGUAAUAUCUUUCUGUGGUCGCUAACAAGGAACAUGGCACAGAUUUUAGAGACAGAAGUCUUUUCAGCUUAAAUAAAUGAUGGGAAACGUGCAGGGAAAAGGUUACUCUAGGUUUCAAGAGUACAAAUUCACUGCUCACAGUUACAGCACCACCAAGUGGAGCCAUAGUGGAUGACCUCAACACGCCCACCACCACACAUUCCUCUGCAUUGCUGCCUGCAACAUCUCAAAGGGACUGAACUGAACAUUUCCGAUAAAUAAGAGUGACUUUGUAGAGUGUGUGUGUGAAUUCUCAGAAAUGUGCAGGGAGCCGAUUCCUAUUUUGAGCAUUAUGCGUGGAUUCCACCGAAAUACUGUGCCAAUAUGCAAUUUUAAUCCCUAAAAUAAAACUAGUUUCAAACUCUGUUAA